AUGUGGUACGAUCCUCUUGCAGGACCUAUUGAAUUAUCUCUAUGUAGGCCAGGGAAUACUUCUUGGAGCUACGAUAGAAACUUGUUGGUUAAGAAGAAUGUUAUUGACAAUCGCUUACGUGAAUUCGCUGGAGAAGUGGAAGAACGGAAAAUGAAGAUGCUUCGCAGACUUCCACAGUCUGUAGGUAAUUCAAACAGACUGGAUAACUCUUGA